AGCUCCGAUCGAGAGUUCCUUCCCCCAUUUCGCCCUCUUCUUCGCCUCCUCUGAAACCCUAGAGCAAGAAGAAGAAGAAGAAGAAGAAGAGGAGAGGGGGCCGGAGUCCGAUACGAUCCCUCGGCGAUCGCCUUUCCCCCGGAGCUCGCGUUCGAUCCCCGUCGAUCCCGCUGCGUCGCAAGCGAUCUCCAAAAUGGUGUCGGCGAACCGCGAAAUGGUGGUCUACUGCUUCGACACCCUCGUCGCCCACUACAACAAGGAGCUGCCGCCUCCCCCGGACUUCGAAGAAGGCCACCAUCAGUUUGAAGAAAUUUCUGAUUGCAGCCCAUUAUUUGUCACAUGGAAGAAAGCACUCAAUGGUUCAGAACCGCGCCUACGAGGAUGCAUAGGAUCUUUGGAGGCCCGUGGCUUGAUCAAUGGUUUUAAGGAUUAUGCAUUAGCUAGUGCUCUGAGAGACCGCCGCUUUUCCCCUAUACAAGCUAAAGAGUUACCCUAUUUGGAAUGCACGGUGUCCGUACUAACCAACUACGAAACUGCUCAGGACUACCUUGAAUGGGAGAUUGGAAAGCAUGGUUUAAUCAUUGAAUUCACUGACCCUAGUAAAAACACAAGGCACAGUGCCACUUACUUGCCUGAGGUUGCUGCUCACGAAGGUUGGACGAAGGUAGAAACAAUCGACUCAUUGAUGAGGAAAGCAGGUUAUAAUGGCACCAUCAACGAGCCACUUAGGAAGAAUCUUCGUGUUACACGCUAUCAGAGCACAUUAUUUACGAUGCACUAUGGUGAGUAUGCCUCAUAUGUGAAGGGCACGAGAGGUGCAGCCCCCACAGUUAAUGGGGCUCCGAUUACUAACGGGUUCAAACCCAACCAUUGAUUCACCUGGAUCAGCUUUAUUUGUUGAAGCUGUUUUGGUGAUAUUGAUUCCAUUAAGAAGCAGCUGUGUGGUGAGAAUUUGUUUUUAAUUCCACCACAUAUGCUCAUUUAUCUGCUAUCAUUUAAUGUUUAUGGACUACUUAAGGGACUGAAGAAUGGGAAGGUGGCAAGUUCCACCAUUAGAUUGUGAUGUUAGGGAUAAAUCAGUUCCGUUAUGCUGUAUCAACUUAAGAUAUCUUUAUCUUAUUUAAGAUUUACGUGUUUUCUCUAA